AUGGAAGCAGAGGAAGACCCUCCACCAAUACACAAGCACUCCGUCUACGCAAUCGGCGUCCAGGAUGACUUUCAUCAAGAUGAUGACCUCGUCGGACCAUUGGAAGCGAUCAAGGCCCGCGAGCGAAUGGCGAGAAGAAUGGACUCCAUCAUCCCGGUCAUGGGCCGGGAAGGAGCAAACAUCCAGCUGAACCUCUACCGCGGACGCACCAUGGCCGUCUUUACAUCUGGAGGCGAUUCUCAAGGAAUGAACGCCGCCGUCCGAUCAGUCGUCCGAAUGGGCAUCUAUCUCGGUUGUAAGGUCUACUUCAUCCGUGAAGGCUAUCAAGGAAUGGUCGAUGGUGAUGAGUAUAUUGUGGAAGCUUCGUGGAAUGCCGUGUCAGACAUCAUCCAGAAAGGUGGUACUAUCAUCGGCUCAGCGCGAUGCGCUGAUUUCCGAGAGAAGGAAGGCCGAAAGAAGGCUGCUCGCAACCUGAUUUCUCGCGGUAUCACGAAUCUCGUCUGCAUCGGCGGUGAUGGUUCGUUGACUGGAGCAAACACCUUCCGAAAAGAUUGGCCCGGGUUGAUCGCCGAGCUCGUGAAGGAUGGAACUAUCACCCAAGCGCUCGCCGACGAGCACCCGAACAUCCAGAUUGUCGGCUUGGUCGGCUCGAUCGACAACGAUUUCUGCGGCACUGACAUGACGAUCGGAACAGACACGGCUCUGCAGCGUAUCAUUGAAGCUGUCGACUCUGUGGUCAGCACAGCACAAUCUCACCAGAGGGCAUUCGUCGUUGAGGUAAUGGGCCGACAUUGCGGAUACCUGGCCCUGGUGGCUGCUCUUGCUUCGGAGGCCGAUUUCUGCUUCAUCCCGGAAUGGCCGCCGCCAUCCAACUGGCGCGACAUCCUCUGCGACAAGCUGCAGCAAAUGCGCAGCGAGGGACAACGUUUGAACAUCAUCAUUGUCGCUGAAGGCGCGAUCGAUCGUGACGGAAAUCCGAUCACCGCCGAUUUGGUGAAGGACGUCAUCAAAGAGAAGCUGAAGUACGACACACGAGUUACCGUGCUUGGGCACGUGCAACGAGGAGGCUCGCCAUCAGCGUUCGAUCGUAUCCUUGGCUGCAGAAUGGGUGCUGAGGCAGUGCUCGCCCUGAUGGAGAUGACGGCAGAUUCUGAACCUUGCGUCAUAUCGAUCGACGGAAAUUCGAUGGUCCGUGUCCCCCUGAUGCAAUGCGUUGAGAGGACCCAAGCCGUCCAGAAGGCCAUGCACGAAAAGGACUGGGAGACGGCCGUCAAGUUGAGGGGUCGCUCCUUCCAGCGAAAUCUGGAGACCUACCGGCUGCUGACCAAAUUGCACCAGGAACGCGAGAACCUCAGCGGCGGUCACAACUUCAACGUGGCCGUGAUGAACGUUGGAGCUCCGGCUGGAGGUAUGAACGCGGCGGUUCGCUCGUUUGUGAGAAUUUCCCUCUACCAUCAUUGCACGGCGUUCGGGAUCAACGACUCGUUCGAGGGGCUCGCAAAGGGUGAUCUAACGCAAUUGAAAUGGGACAGCGUGACAAACUGGGUGAUGCACGGCGGCUCGUUCCUCGGAACCCAAAAACAGCUGCCCAACGAGGACAACAUGGAAAAGAUUGCCGCGACCCUCAAGAAGUUCAACAUCCACGCCCUGUUGCUGAUCGGAGGUUUUGAGGCUUAUCACUCGACGAUCAUCCUCUCGCAGCACCGUCACAAAUACCCAGAGCUCCAGAUUCCAAUGUGCGUCGUCCCGUGCACCAUUUCGAACAAUGUGCCAGGAACUGUAUUGUCGCUUGGCUCCGACACGGCGGUCAAUGAAAUUUGCCAACAAAUCGACAAGAUCAAGCAGUCAGCUACCGGAACGAAGCGACGUGUGUUUAUCAUAGAGACAAUGGGUGGCUACUGUGGCUAUUUGGCGACGGUAUCUGCCAUCGGCUCCGGUGCCGACAACGCCUACAUUUUCGAAGAAAAAUUCACCGUUGAAGACAUCAUCGAGGACGUUCGGGUGAUUACGCAAAAGAUGGAGAUCGGCGUCCAGCGGUACCUGAUCGUGCGCAACGAGUGUGCGAACAAGAAUUACACAACCGAGUUUGUUGAGCAACUAUUUGCGGAGGAGAGUGGAAAUCGGUUCUCCACCCGAAUCAACGUCCUCGGCCACGCUCAACAGGGUGGCAGCCCAACGCCGUUUGAUCGAAAUAUGGGCACGAAAAUGGGAGCUCGAGCAGCAGAAUUCCUGAUCACCAGCAUGAAACAACACUGGAAAGACGGGAAGAUGAUCGCCAAUAACCCGGAAUCGGCAGCGUUGCUUGGCCUGAACGGACGUCGCGUUGUCUUCUCCCCGGUUGCUGAACUUGCCAAGGAGACCGACUUCACCCAUCGGCUCCCAAAUACCCAGUGGUGGUUGAAAUUGCGCCCGUUGCUGCGUAUCUUGGCCAAGCACGCCGACACCUACAUGACCGAGGCCUACGUCGAUUCCGACGAUGACGCCGGUAUU